AUGUCAUCCACCAGCCCACCACAACAGCAGCAGCGCGACUUCAUCUCCCCCGGCGGCCCCCUCCCCAUCUCCUUCCCCGACCUAUCUUCCCUCCCCACCGAACAGCGGCUCGCCCACGAACAAGCCCUCCUCCUCCAACGUCUAUCCCAAACCGAGCUCAAGCCCGCCAUCCCCCUCGAAACCAUCGAGCUCCUCUCCUCCUCCUUCCCCACCCAGCGCACGACACCUCCCGCCUUACACCCUCUCAACCACCAGCCCCUGAGCGCCGCCAACCCUCACCCCGAGGACGCCCGUCAGUUUCUCAAAUUGGUCGCCGACUUCACGCCGCGGGAGUAUCUGGAGCUCAUCGAGGAGCGCAACUGUCUGGGUGCGUGUGGGUACGUGCUCUGUCCGCGGAAGAGGAGGCAGUAUGAGGGGGAGUACAAGAUCAUUAUGCGGACGGGCAACAUUGCCAAGACGGAGGACUUGAACAAGUGGUGCUCGGAUGCGUGUGCGGUCCGGGCGCUGUAUGUGAAAGUGCAGUUGGAUAAUCCGAGUUAUAUGACGGAUUUGGAGACGGGGAAGCGGGUGGUUAAAGUUGAGUUGAGGGAGGAGGAGGAGGAGAAGAAGAAGAAGAAGAAGCCAUCGUCUGGAGAGGAAGAGAAGGCCAAGGACAAGGCAACGACAAGUAUCAAAGAAGCGGAGGACAAAGUCGCUGCUGACCUGGCGAGAUUGGAUCUUAACAGGAAGGCCGAGAUUUCGGACAAGGCUGCGCAGAUGCAGAGGGAUGCUGACGCUUUGGCGGUUGAGAGAGGCCAGGGCAGCGGGAAGCUGGAUAGGCUGCUAGCCGGUCAAGGUGUGGAAGUUACGAUCCGGGAGAAGCCAACGACAGGUCCGGCAAAAGCACCGGAUCACGCUAAGGCGUCUUCUACGUCCCGGAAGAAGAACCCGCAGGAUGCCCAUCGUAUGGUUGAAGGCCACAAGCCUAGGUUCGGCACUGAUAUCAGGAGCCAGGAAGCUGCAAAGAACGAUGGUAGCGAGAGCGAAAGUGAAGAUACCGAUGAGGACGAUGAUGAUAUUAAUGACUAUCUGUCGGGACGCAUGCAAAUAUCCAUGUAG